AAUGUUUGAUCCCUUCAACCGGAUGUCAUUGGAACGAGUUAGAAAUGGCGGAUAUUACAAGAUGUGAUUUGUCGAAAGUAAAGAGAGAAUUGAUCAUAGCACACAGGGAAUGCGCUCAGCGGCGUGUACUCAAUGGUGCUAAAUGGGCUGCAGAGUUAUCCCAUGCUCUGGAAGUGUCAGUGGAUGUGCAGUCAUUGCAAGGGGCAGAUCAUCCGGACCACUGGGCAGAGUAUGACAAGUACACACUGGCCACCACAUACUUCGACCUGAAGGAGUAUGACCGAGCUGCCCUCGCCGUGGAGCAGUGUACCAGUCCCAAGGCUUACUUCAUCCACAUGUACGCCAGAUACCUGGCUGAUGAGAAGAGAAAGAUAGACAAUGCAUCCGACUCUAUAGGUCCGUCGGAGUCAGUGGACAAUGAGAAUCUGAAGGUGUUGAAAACUGACCUCAGCAAGAAGAAUGUGAACAAGGAACUGGAUGGGUUUGGUUUAUAUCUGUAUGGGAUAGUCUUAAGAAAGCUAGAUUUGCAGAAGGAGGCAAUGAAUAUCUUUGUGGAGGCUGUCAACAAGGAACCAUUACACUGGGGGGCGUGGCAGGAGCUAGCCAUGCUCAUCACAGACCGGGAGACGCUGUCGUCACUGAGCCUACCAGACCACUGGGUAAGACAGCUGUUUAUGGCACAUGCCUAUCUGGAGCUGCAGCUGAAUGAGGAGGGUCUAGCGAUCUACCAGACCUUCAUAGCCACUGGCUUCAGUAAGAGCAACUACAUCGUCUCACAGAUUGCUGUGGCCUAUCACAAUAUGAGAGAUGUGGACCAGGCUGUGACGGCCUUCACGGAGCUGCAGAAGAUGGACCCCUACAGAGUGGAGAACAUGGACAUCUUCUCCAACCUGCUCUAUGUGAAGGACAUGCAAGCAGAGUUGGCCAACCUGGCACACAAGUGUACAGAGAUUGACAAAUACAGGGUGGAGACAUGCUGUGUUGUAGGAAACUAUUAUUCCCUCCGUUCCCAGCGGGAGAAAUCAAUACUCUACUUCCAACGAGCCCUGAAGCUGAACCCGCACUAUCUCUCAGCCUGGACUCUGAUUGGUCACGAGUUCAUGGAGAUGAAAAAUACAUCAGCAGCUAUACAGGCGUAUAGACAAGCCAUAGAGGUGAACAACCGUGACUAUCGAGCCUGGUACGGUCUAGGUCAGACCUACGAGAUACUCAAGAUGCCGUCCUACUCCCUGUAUUAUCACAGACAAGCCCAACAGCUCAGACCGAAUGACUCGCGGAUGGUUGUAGCCCUGGGUGAAUGUUACGAGAAGCUGGACCGUCUCCAGGAGGCCAAGAAGUGUUUCUGGAAGGCCAACAGCAUUGGGGACGUGGAGGGCAUGGCACUCAUCAAGCUGGCAAAACUGUACGAGAAGUUGAAUGAAGAACACCAGGCUGCCGCUGCCUAUAAUGAAUAUGUGUCGCAGGCCGAGAGGCAAGGGAUCAACAACACAGAGGAACUCGGCCCUGCCUUCAAGUACCUGUCCAACUACUAUGUGAAGACAGCUCAGCUGGACGAAGCCUAUAUCACUGCACAGAAGUGUGUAGAAUUCACAGAGCAACGGGAGGAAGCGAAGGCGUUACUCAAGCAGAUCCAGGAGCUGCGCAAUCUGAAGCAUGGCGCCACCACCGCCCAAAUGGAUGACAGCUUCACCUCCAUCUUCCCCGACCAGUUUCAGAGGAACGAAUUUAACCCACUGGGCAGACUCUCUCCUGUGAAUCUACGAUUCACACCCUGAACAUAUGUGUUGAAAAAUGGACAGAAUGUGAGGAGUUUGUUCCAGUCACGGAAGAGAAGAGUAUCUCCUGGGGAGACAACUCUUGCAUGUGCACAGUGGUCGAUAAAGGGACCUCUUAGAAACAGGAGCCAGGAAAAAGGGAUGGUGGAGAUUGUUUUACAUUCAGUUUGGAAUAUUUCAACAACAAAGGACAUUUCAUUUAAGAUCAUCUGAACAAUGUUAUUUUUUUGUCACUUUCUUCUUUCCAUACAAACAAGAACAUUGGCAUUUGUCGGACCAGGUUUGAGUAAUCAUGGCAGUUCUACAUAUAAUUUCAAUGUAGGUUUGUAACGGUUAACCAAACAUUCAGUACAUCGCGAUAUUCUCUGCCACGAUACAAGUAUAAGGUAUAUAGGGUUUCUCACGCACCUGUGGAUGAGAAACCCAUUUGAGAUAACUACAGUGAUCCCUCGCUACAACGCUACCUUCGGGGUCCAAAUAAUUGAAGAGCGUUUUUGAUGAUCAGCGGUUUAAUCAAGGUUGAGUCGUAGGUGGUAGAUGACCAACAAGACAGUACACAUGCUCUGCCUACCUCACACGAUCUACGUUGCACGUUUCAGAGUUUAAAUAAAGAUUAGAAUAGAAGUUGUUAAACUUGAGUAAAUUUUGGGAGCCAUGCUUUACCGCCCGCUAUACCUGAGUUAGCGCCAUAAUGAAGAGCACAAUAGCCAGGGAACACUGUAGUAUCAAACAUUUGAGAUAAAAUUCCAGGUCUGUAAUUAGCUACGCCAUGUUGAUGACUUAAGGUCAGAUAAUGACGGACUGCUUUCCUGAUUGCAAUUUAUUGAUAAUUUUUGUCAUGCUUCUGUUAAAUUGAACUGCACAUGUAUGUCUGUCGAAGCUUUAUGGGUUUGAGUGUUUAAUGAUAUUAGUGUUCUUGAUCUUAUCUCAUUUGCAUUAUCACCUUGGUAAUCAACAGAUAUAGCUGAAUUUUAUGAAGGGUCACACUGGAGAAAGUUGUGAGUAGACGGCCAUAUGAUGUCACUCAUGACCAUUGUUAUGUAUUAAUGAGCCACUGCUAUAAAUAGACUAGAUAAAUUAUGCAUCGAUUGCAUGCCAAAAUGGUGCAAAUAAGGGAGUGUAAGAAACAUUACUGCAUUGGGCCGGUCAUAUACCAUCUAUCUUACAAGUUAUAGUUUCAAAACCAGCGAAAGCAAGUUUGUUACUUUUUGAAACAACUUGUAAGAUAUAUGGUAUCUGACUGACAAUCUCCAUAGAUCAUGUAUCCAUACAGUGUGAUAGAUAAAUAUAUGAGGGUGACUUGUAAAAUGAAGAUAAGUACUGUUUGGACUGUGCAAUACUCCUGUGUGAAAGAAGUGGGAAGAUGUGUGUUGGUAAAGCACCAGUUCAUGUUGAAAAACUGAUGAAAUGAUGUUGGGCUCAUGUACGAGAAUCUUGUUCUUGUAAUACUGUUAUGUUUUAUGUGUAAUAAACAUAAACAAAUGAAGAA